AUGAGUGAUUUGCGUCAAUUAAGAGAAAGUGGACAGAUUGAAAAACCUUCAAUAAUUAAUCAACAAUCUGCUUCUAAUGUUAAAAUUGCCAAUAAAAAAAUUUUGCCCAAAACACUCGGGGCGCUUCCAACAACAACUAAACUUGCUUCAACAGCACCUCCAGUUCCCCCACAUCGUGGUAAUUCUGCUGGUGUUACUGCUACAACAAUAACAACAAAUUCAAAUAAUUUAAAGAAGAAUACUACAGUGUUUGCUUCAAACCCAAUUCCAUUUAGUCGUCCAUGUCGUUGUCCUACACAACAUCAACAACAACAACAGCAGCAACAAGCAUUUAGUAAAAUCCAGAAUUCUCGGUGCAGAAGCGAGCCAAGAAAUGAUGGUGGCCGUUUUUCAAUGCGUCCAACAUCUGCAACACGUGCUAAUACUAAUGCUUUAAGGCAAACAGCUUCAUCAAAUGCUGCUAAAUUAAAAGCUGCGGAAGAAGAAAAAAUGUUGGGUUGGUUACGUCGUAAAGAAUAUGAUCCUCGUAGAGCUGUUGCUGAAGCAGAACAACAACAACAGCAGCAUUUAUUAUUGCAACAACAACAACAAUUAAGAAAACAACAAGAAGCAUUUACUUCAAAUCGUUCAAUUUCCGCAACAUUAACAAACCAAGAACAACAACAAAAUUCAAAACAACAAAGUUCAUUUUCCCGUUGGAAAGCCGCUCAACAAAAACAACAACAACAAUUAAUUAAUAAACCACCACCAUUAGAGUCUCACCGUUCCCAUGAUGAAUUAAAUAGAUUAGCUGAAGUGUGUGAUGAUGAGGAUGAUUCUAUUGGGUUAACAAGUGAUUCUUGUAAUACUAGUCUUCAAAGAACAGUUGACGAACUUACUCAAAAAUGUCAUAAAAGCAUUGCUUUACUCAAGUAA